GAGAGAGAGAGAGAGAGAGCGAGAGAGAGAGAGAGAGAGAGAGAGAGAGAGAGAGAGAGAGAGAGAGAGGUGGUGGAGGACACAGAAUGGCGACCGUGCAGCAGCAGCAGCAGCAGCAGUGCUGCAAAUGCACGGCCGAGAGGAAAGGGUUUCGGCGGGAACUUGAUUCUUGGCGUCACAAACUGAUCCACUGCGUCGGGUUUGAAAGCAUUCUGGAGGGAAUCUAUGGCCCACUGCUGCUAAGGGACCUCAGUUUAUUUGAUGAUUGUGAACCUGAAGAAGUAGAUGACUGGUCCCCAGAAACAAGUUGCUCUCAAUGUUCAUUCUGCAACCUUCCCCUGGACAAACUCAGCAGUGAUCAAGUACCUGCAGCCACAUCGCCCCUCUCCUCCCCCUCUGAUUACUCUCCCUGUCAGGCUCCGACACUCUCUGAGAACAGCCAAUCAGCGCACAGGUUCCUCCAAGCUGUGUUUCACAAGAAAGAUGUGUCCCUGGGCUGUGAUUCCAACAUCCCUCUGGUGGCCCAGGAGCUAAUGAAGAAAAUGAUACAUCAGUUUGCCUUGGAGUACGCAUCCAAGUGCCUCCUCCACACCAGUACAAAUGGUAUUACAACAAGGACCUCAUCACCUCUGUCACAAACAUCAGACGCCCCUCUGGACCUCACCGUGAGCCGAACUGGGGAGGAGAAAGAGAUUGAAAGUGACCCAGAUGGCGUGCUCGACCUCUCCAACAGGAACUCUGCCUGCUCAGCAACUUCAUCAACAUCAUCUAAUCACAAAGCCUCAGGCGCCCUGCUGCCAUCAUUUACGGAAGAAUUGGGAGAUCUGGAACAGCGAGGGACUAAGUGUCGUCGGAGCUCUGCAUUGGUUGCUGUUCUCAGCUCGCUCUGCCCAGCACACCGUUCCUUAUUCCACCAGAUCCUGAAGGUGGCACGCCAGGAGAAAAUGCUGUUGGUCCUUAAUCGCAGACCUGUAGAUCAAACUGAAUCUCACUGCUGUCACUGUGGCGUAAACCCACAGGAUAUUGUUAGCCCUCAUGCAGUCCCAUUUAGUGAAUGUAAAGCCCAUAACAGCAGCCCGUAUUACCCUUUAAUUGAUUGUGAUAAUCAAGGUCAUGGCAGCACAAUGUUUCAUCCAGGAGUCUCCAAGUCCAAUAUUAGCAUCCAUCACUACCCUUUAACAGACUGUAAAUGUGACGCUCCUCUGGGCUCAAGCUACUGCUGUGUGCAGAGGUGCAGGAUGGAAACCUACACUGUUAUGUGCCCCAAGAGGCUGCACUGCAUUUCCUGCCAAAGCCUUGCUGUAGGUCGUAUCAACAACAUAGUGUGUUCAUUUGCCUCCUCUCCUUCGUUAUCCAAAUCCCCUUCACUGUGCACUCCCUCCUCUAGUUUAUGCCCUUCCUCAUCGAUCUGCUAUAACCAACACAACCCCCACUCUUGUCCCUGUCAUUCAAACCAUGCCUGUCUGACGCAGGUCAGGAACACAAUAGAAAGCGGGGUUGGAGACGGGGAUCCUCCUUGUCCUAUCCUGAAGAGAGAGCAGAGCCCCUCUCCUCCUCCUCUGUCCCCUAUCCCCUCAGACAUCAAUAAGAAAACUGAUGAAAAGCCACCCUCCCUCCUUCACCAUAGACAAGAGGAGGAAGCUGACCUAAUAGUUAAAGAUGGUCUUGUAAAUGCAAGCCACCAGGAAGCAGAUGUGGAUACAGCUGCAGAAGAGGAGCGAGACUGUAGGAGCACAAGAAGUAGUCGGGCUGAGCAGAACCCAAGUGGGACUUCACUGCAAGACGUUGUGAACCGCUUCAGUGAGAAACUGGAGACAAUCAGACCUAUAGAGAAGGACACACCUCUGGUUUCACCGGCCGUUAAUGUCUCUGAAAAGGAGCAGCCACAGUGUUCCUCAACCAGUCAGAACCUACAGUUUCAGGCUGAUGCCCAUUUGACUGAAAUCAUCACCACAGUGCUUCAUACAGGCAGUGCUAGUGACUACAGUCUCAGCGAGCUGUUCAAUCGCCAUGAUAGCAAAGAGCCCAAGUCACCUAAUACCCGCUCCCGACGUCGCCAAGAAGUCCUUGCUGCUAUAGCAACACCUGCUGAUGAUGCUACAACCAGAAGGCAAACCUUACAACGUAAACGAGAGCUUGCCAUGUUUGACCAGUCCUACAGUAGGAGAAAGGUACCACUAGCAAAGAGGGCAAGAUUGAAAGAUGGAACUGUUACUGUAACUACAUCACCCUCUUCAUCUGAUUCAAACCUAGUUAAAGAGGAGUCUAAAAAAGAAAUGGAGGUAGAUUUAGAAUCUGUAGAGAGUCAUAGAGUUAGGGAAGGACCACUGAACACUGUCACUGCAGAAAGUGAUAGGAAUGAAGUUAAAGAGGCGAUACAGACCGUUAUAGUAACAGAAGAAUUUCCGAUCAUUAAAGCAGAGGAGAAAGAAAAGGAAAUACCUUGUGAGAAAAAAAUUCUUACCCUUUCAGACACUCAAAUACCGACCCCCGAACUGCAGAGCAAGUAUGGCAAACAAGGCUCAAAGGGUGACAGUAUAGAAACACAGGUGAUGGCAGUGACUGCAACCUCAGCAAAACAGUGCAGCAGGCCCUGUACAGAAGAUGGUAUGGGUAGUGGUGCUGGAAGUGAUAGGAACCAUGAAGAAGCUCCAUCUGUCCAAAGCUCUGACAGUGACAAUAGACCAGGUGAAGGUAAUGAUUCCCAAAGUCCUACUAGAGAUAGGCAGAAAUGUCAAUCACACGACUCAAAGGACGCAAGGAGAUCCAGGAGAAAUAUAGUGCCUCCACAGCGGUUCUCCUCCUAUGUCACAGAGCGCAGGAAGAUGUUCUAUGUUGCAUGUUUCUCAGAAGGCAUCUUUAACCAGGGAACACAAAAGGACAAGGUUUUGACAUCUGGCACCCUGGAUGCCUUUUCGAAAGAUCCAGAUGCUGAGGACACCCAGCUUGAAGUAAGACGUGAAGCCCCUCUGUCCUCACCUGAGCACACAUGGAAGCUUGCCUUUGAAUCAACACAUGAAGAACAACCUGGACCAUCCUACACAGAGUCAAAAGAUCUUUCCACAAACCAGGUCUUUCCACAAACUGUGGCUGCCAAAGAGAUGAGUCCUACAAACCAGAGUUUGGACAAUAUGACAGAUGGCAGUGACUGCGCUGCCAAGCCUUUUGGAAGGCUACGGUCAUCUCGAAGAAGACUACAAGACUCAAAGGCAACUUCUAUAACUCCCCAAAACACAUCAAAUAUGGAUGUCACCAUGGAGUCUGCUACCUGUGUUGAGAGCCCUCCCAACUCCCAAAUCCAGUACACUAGUCCAAUAAAGCUCAUGUUUGUAUCACAGGUAAAGGAUAAGGAAGGGGUCAGAUAUAGUCUCAAAUCAGCAUUUUCUGGUUCUAGUGCACAGGAACCCUUUGACCCAUGUGUAGAGUCUUCAUGGUCAGGGACACUUCAGAAACACAAAAGCAAGAGAACUGAGUAUGCUACUUCACGUGUAAAACCUAUUUCUUCGCCACUAAAGUCUGCUACCUCACCUGCUAGAUCUGCUUCUCACUCGCCCAAGUCUGCUUCUUCCCCAGCCAAGUCUGCUUCUUCACCCAAGGCAGCCUCAUUAUCACCCAAGUCAGCCUCUUCACCAACCAAGUCAGCUUCUUCAUCACCCAAGUCAGCCUCUUCACCAGCCAAGUCAGCUUCUUCAUCACCUAAGUCAACCUCUUCAUCAGCCAAGUCUGCUUCUUCACCCAAGUCAGCUUCUUCCCCAGCCAAGUCUGCUUCUUCACCCAAGUCAGCUUCUUCCCCAGCCAAGUCUGCUUCUUCACCCAAGUCAGCUUCUUCACCCGCCAAGUCUGCUUCUUCACCCAAGUCAGCUUCUUCACCCGCCAAGUCUGCUUCUUCACCCAAGUCAGCCUCAUCAUCACCCAAGUCAGCCUCUUCACCGACCAAGUCUGCUUCUCCACCCAAGUCAGCCUCUUCACCAACCAAGUCUGCUUCUCCACCCAAGUCUGCUUCUUCACCCGCCAAGUCUUUUUCUUCACCCAAGUCAGCGUCUUCACCAGCCAAGUCAACUUCUUCAUCACCCAAGUCUGCUUCUUCACCCAAGUCAGCUUCGUCAUCACCUAAAAUAGGUUCCAGAAGAUCAGGCGAAGGUACUCCAACUAAGCGUGCAGCUGGAGCUGAGAGCCAGGGAUCAUCGGGUGACUCAAUAUCUUUCCAUGAAACCACUCCAAAAAGGCGUCCAGGCCGGCCAAAGAAGCUGGGACCACAGCUUGAGCAAAAGGCAAAGAGGCCAAUUGGUCGACCGCGCAAGGAGAAGGCUGUGGAUUCAGUAAUGGGGGCAAAAACAGCAAAUGGAAAAACUGUUACAACACCCGAGGACGAGAAUAUAAACAAGAACCUUAAAAUAACAGUAGUGUACGGCCGUUCUAGGAGAAACAAGCGAAUGGUGUCUGAGGGCUUUGACCAGCUACAAACAGAAUUCCAUGAUGCUUGCCAAGCAGUGGGCCUAAAAAGUGACUUGGGCAUUUUAAUGCACAACUCUAAGACCAGCUCAGGUACUCAAGGUAUCAAAACAGCCUCAACAGAAUUGUCUGAGGAAUUAAAUUUUGUCAGCCCUGUAAAAGAGUCUGCCCCUCAAUCUAGCAGUAACAUCAAAUGUCAAAAGCGGGAUGAUUCUGCACCCUCAAGGAAACCAGGUAGACCUGCAAAAGUUAAAAUCUCUGGAAUCUCAGUCACAGUAACCACAGUGUCGCCUCGGCAGCGGAAAAUUCAGAUAAAUAAGGAUACUCGGCAGUCUCCUGAAACAGUAAUUCAUAAGAAAGUACUCCUACCAGAAUUCAAAUCUGCCAAAGAGCCCUGGACAAUCAAUCAUCAGUCAACAAGCAAAAUCAGUCAAACAGAAGAAGGGAUAGAAACAGAGGAUGAAAGUAGAGGCAAACUGCCAAAUCAGCCUGUAGCAGUGCGUCACUCAAUGAGAGUGAGAAAGCCCUCGAUCCACUUUCUGCAUGCUGUUGCCACCUCCAGAUCAUACAGCCACAGUAAUGCUCUGCUACGGCGCUCCAAACAACUUUUGCUAAACAAGGCCAGCAAUGAAAGGAGACAGGGGGAGCAACAAAGUAGUGUAGAGACUUCAAGGCAGAAAAGACGGUUCUGUGGACAAGAAAGGAAGAACAUCUCUCAGGACCUGCGCAAAGUGGCAGGGGUAUCUGUAGACUCAAUCUUUACCACAAAAGAGACGCUAAGGUGGUGGGCAGCAUCAGCUGAGGAGCAGACUAUGAACCAGGAGCUUGCCAGGAGAAUACGACUCAUCUCUGACACGUGGGUCUCAAACACGGUGGAGAACCAAGAAAAAGAAACUGCAUGUAAUUCAAAUGUAGGCCUUAAAGGUAACAGUUCUUUUACCAGGAAGUCAAAACAUUCCUCUGUUCGAAUGCUGUUCGACUGUCCUCCUGACAAACCACGGUCCUGUAGCAUGCAGCAGCUCUGCUCCUGGUUCAUGCAGACCACAGAGACACAGUCUCUGGCCAUUGUCAAGAAGGCAAGCUCCCGUAAUCCUUACGAAAUUAUGCACUUCCCUCGUUCCAAUAAAUCUGCCAAUAAAAAGAGUGUUUGCCACAGUCCUCAGGCCGAGCGACUGCGCAAACACAUCAAGAAAUUUGCCAAAACUGUGCCAAAAAGUCCAUUGCAACAUCAAGAGGCUCAAAGAAGGUUGAGGAAGAGAAAUGAGGCUCCUCUAUCAACACAUAAGAUUAGGCGACAACUUUUUGCUCCCAGGUUUGAAACAGGCAGGCUCAAUAAAGGAGUUCAAUGGGGGAGAAGCAGAACAUCUGGCAAAUACCGGACCACUCUAUUAAGAGCAAGGACAAGGUUUCUAACCCGAAAAGAAAUGGAGAGGUGGCGAAAGAGGCAGAGGAACAAGAAAAACAAUAAAGUCACUACAAGUUGUUCAAAUGGACAUGGAGUGACUAGACUACAACCCAAACGUAAAGCAUUACGCAGAUCAGCAAAAGAUCAGUUAUCUGACUGCUUGGAGAACAGUUCUGCCACCGGUUCUGUUGACCAAACUCAGGAGCCUGUGGAUGUAACCAAAGAGCAGAACCUCUGCUCUAAAGCCUGGAGUCCUGAGAGGCUGAAGGAAUGCCGGGUGUUCCUGAGGAAGAUCAACUCUCCAGACAACGAAUCAACUGAGGAAGAGUGGGACUCCUGUACUGUGACACUGGAUGACGGGUCACCUUCUGCAUACCUCUUUGCAGGAAGGGAGAGAAAACUGGUAGGAGUUGUUAAAGCUGUGAAAACUGAAAGAAAAAGGAGCGCUGCCUCAAGAGAGCCAGCAAGGUCUGAACCUAAAUCAGUCCAGGAGCAGGAUGCGAUGCCAGUGGGGAGGCAGAAACGCAAAUACAAACGUCCUGGGGUUGCGUCUACUGAACCACCGCAACCACCACCAGUGAAGAUGUUGAGACAAUCGCGAAUGAGGGGCCUAACGGGGCCGAGAUGGUGCGACUUUGUGUUAGAAAACUAAAUGAAGCAUCCUCCUACCUGGGAAAGGGACUGUGGUUUAACGUGGUGCCUUUGGACAUUGAGCUGACCACGUGGACUGACCAUCCCACUAUGGUUCAGUCUUACACUCAGCAAUUAUGUAGCAGUCUAACUUAACAAAAGCUUGAUGUUGCACUAUUUUUAUCCAUGUAUGUACAGAAAUGUUUGAUUUUUUUAUUGUCCACUUGCCUUCGUAUAGUAGAUCAAAAUCAUUACGUCAAACAGAGUUUUAUGGGGAUAUCAGAGUGGCUGUAUUGGAAGGAAAGGCAAAGCUUGAUUGCAUAAAGAUAGUGCCAUCUCCCCCAAAACAUACCUCAUUAUCAUGGCCACAACUUCUUUCAGACAAUUGCUCUUUAUUGUAAAUCUUAGCCCGAAACCCUAAAAAUGUACAGCCCUAAAAUCCCCCAAAGUUAAUUUAUUUUUUAUUUAUAGUCACCCUUAGUUUGGCACUGUUUAAAUUCCAAAUUGCUAAUUUAAUAAUUGUUCUUUUAGAUUUGAAAAGCAUAUUGAAAUUUAAUGACAUUCUCCCAAUCCGAGCCUUGUUUCAGCCACUGUUGUAUUGCAAGCCAGUAGCCAAAAACGUAGUGUGAAUGAAGGACUCAUUUGUGUCAACCAAGCCCCAUCUUUACCCCGAACACUCUAUGUAUGGGCCCCAAAUAUAAAAUGUUGCAUUGAAUUACAGUAAUUAGCCAUCCACCCUAAAACCAAACCUUUUAUGUCAUUCAAACAAUAUCUGCAAGUCUUGGCACCAAACUGCAGUUAACCCCAACAUACAUGUUCCAAGUGAUUAUGUAUUCAGCCCCACAAAAUGUAGAGGUAUAUGUAAAGUGAUGAGGAAAAUGGCAUUAUGCAGUUGUAGAAAAGUAGAAUCUGAUUAAUUUGUUGGUUUGUGGGAUCUGUCUUGUUUUAAUUCUAUAUGUGAUUGUCUUCUUGUUUUCACCCAAAGCAGAUACUGUAUGUUGGUGUCGGAUCUACUUCUUGCACUAUUCCAUCUGAGAUUAUUAACCCCACUACACAGAUUCCUCCCCCCGUAUUUUGCACAUCCCGUGUCCCACUACCAAACCCUACUGUAAAACUAGAGAAUCUAUUUGGUGCAAUACAAACCCAGAUGAUUUAUCAGUAUGUAGUAAUUAUUUUAUUGCUGACAGACGAAUGGAUGUACACAAGUACCAAUGGCCUGGGAUGUUACUUCAGUUGUUUCCAUAGCCAUGUAAUGUGAUCUUAAAGGAUAUUGCUAUACAAACUUUUUUUUUCUCCCACCUGCUUUGUUCUCCUCAAUGAAGCAUAAAAAAAAUAACAGAUCCUUAAUUGUUAUAAUAGCAUUAAAUUGUUUUGAUCAUAAAUGUACUAGCAUUAUUUACUGUUUAAAUGCAGGUGGGAAAUGUGUUGCUGUUUAGGUUUCCCUAGAUUUUCCGUUUUAGCAGCAAGAGACGCCUACCUCCACUGGGGCUCAGCUACGCCUACUGCUCUUUUGCUUAUCAACCGUGUGAUAGACGAGACCAGAGAGAUGAUCAGUUAACACUAAUCUUGGAUCAGUAUCAUGUUUAGAGGGCAAGAAGAUCCAAGAUGUCUGGCUGUAGGUCAAAUCUUAAACCUGUAGUGUGUGUCGUGUGUCGGACUACCCUUGUAUGUGUGUCACUAUGGUUGCCAUUUCAACAUGAGGGAUGUGGGGUGGCCCAGUCUUGUGAUCACCGCUCUGUUGAAGAACCUGGUGCUAAACAUCUGUUGUAUAUUUUCUUUAUCAUGUGUUUUUAUACUGUCCAUUACAGAUGAAACAAAAAAAGGUGAUCUGUGAUUGGAACAAUAAAAAGUCUUUUGAAAUAACCAUA